AGUUGCAGUUGUAUAUUUAUCAAAUCAUAACCAAGCCAAAAUUUCCAUCUGCCUUUCCAACCAUAAAAAUGCUGUAUUCUAAAAGAACCAAGUCUCCGGGGCUGCUUCUCCAAUCAAAAUGCCUCUUCCUAUUUGUUAUAAUGGUGAGUUGCACCCCUCCUGAGGAGCCUGUCAAAUGUUCAUCAAAAGAUUCCAACUGCACAAUCUCGAAUUCUUAUGGCUCUUUCCCCGAUCGAAAAAUAUGCCGAGCAGGGAAUGUGGCGUACCCAACCACGGAAAACGAGCUUGUUUCGAUUGUAUCAGCGGCAGCCGAAGCCAAAAGAAAAAUGAAGGUGGUGACACGUUUCUCUCAUAGCAUUCCGAAACUGGUCUGCCCCGAUGGUGAAGACGGGUUGCUAAUCAGUACGAAAUACCUUAACCAUACACUUAAAAUCGAUGCAGCGGCAAUGACAAUGACUGUGGAGAGCGGUGUCACGUUGAGGCAACUGAUCAAUGAUGCCGCCAAGGCUGGCCUAGCAUUACCGUACGCUCCAUAUUGGUGGGGGCUCACCAUUGGAGGUCUUUUAGGCACGGGCGCUCAUGGGAGCUCGUUGUGGGGGAAAGGAAGUUCCGUUCAUGAUUAUGUUGUGGAGAUGAGGAUAGUAAGCCCGGCAGGAGCGAAAGAAGGAUAUGCUAAGGUCAGGGUGCUGCAUGAGAGGGACAAAGAUCUUGAGGCUGCUAAGGUUUCACUCGGAGUCCUUGGAGUAAUUUCACAGGUGACAUUCAAGCUUCAACCCCUCUUCAAACGAUCCAUCAGCUACGUGACACAGGAUGACGCAGAUUUGGGAGAUGAAGCAAUCACCUUCGGCAAACAGCACGAGUUUGCAGACAUAAUUUGGUACCCUAGUCAACGCAAGGCUGUCUACAGAAUCGACGAUCGGGUCUCCUCUAAUGCAUCCGGAAAUGGUCUCUACGAUUUCACUCCAUUUCGCUCCACUCUUUCCCUUGCUUUGGCAUUUAUUAGAACUACAGAGGAAACCCAAGAAUCCUUGAGGGAUGCUGAUGGGAAGUGCCUCGGUGCAAAGCUGGUUGUAUCCACGCUACAAACGGCUGCCUAUGGAUUGACAAACAACGGUAUAAUCUUUACUGGCUAUCCAGUAAUUGGAUUUCACAACCGUCUCCAAUCAUCGGGGACCUGCCUAGAUAGUCCUGAGGACUCGUUGAUUACUGCAUGCCCUUGGGACCCAAGAAUCAAGGGUGAGUUCUUUCACCAAACCGCAUUUAGCGUUGGUUUGUCAGUAGUGAAAAGCUUCAUUCAAGACGUGCAGAAACUGGUAGCAUUGGAGCCUAAAGCACUAUGUGGCCUGGAACUUUACAGUGGGAUCCUCAUGCGUUACGUAAAGGCUUCAAGCGCUUACUUAGGCAAACAAGAAGAUGCAAUAGAUUUUGAUAUCACCUAUUACCGGAGCAAAGAUCCCAUGGCUCCUAGGCUUUACCAAGAUAUUAUAGAAGAAAUUGAACAAAUCGCGCUUUUCAAGUAUGGAGCAUUGCCACAUUGGGGCAAGAAUCGGAACCUGGCAUUUGAUGGGGUGAUCGAGAGAUACAAAAAUGCCGGCAAAUUCUUGAAGGUUAAGAAUAUGUACGAUCCAUCGGGGCUCUUUUCUAGUGAGUGGACUGACCAAAUUCUUGGAUUGAGAAAUGGGGUCACAACAUUGAAAGAAGGGUGUGCUCUGGAGGGAUCGUGUAUUUGCUCACACGACAUUCAUUGCGCUCCAAGCAAAGGCUAUUUGUGCAGACCUGGAAAAACUUUUCAAAACGCAAAAGUUUGUGCUCGUGUAAGUUCUAGUUAAAAUUAGACGUGACAUGAUCCCGAUCAUUCAAUUCAGAAAUGUAUUGAUUAGGUCAGGUUUCAUUAUUUAUUAAUUAUGCAAAAACAAGAUAAUAAUUUUACA